ACGUACUUCCUGUGGAGAUCAUCCCCGCAUUCUCCACGUGGAAGACAAGAACUAAGAGCAUUCAGUUCGGUACCGUGAGCAAUGGCUUGUUUGGGUUUCUGUGGGGAAUGGUUUCUGUCAACCUGCAGCAGCAAACUCAUAGCGAUCCAUACCAAAGAGCCCAGAGAACCGUUUGUGUUUGACUGCAGCCGUGCUGAAAAGAGGCUAAAAAUAGCAAAGGAUGUAAAUAGCAGUGAUGCAUCAGAGGACACCGGAAGUGACACGGUCCUUGCUUUUGCAGUGUCUUCAUCUGGCAAAUUGAUGGCGAUAACUGAUGACACCAAACGACUGAUCCUGUUUCAGUGUGAACCUUCAUGGCACUGCAUUAGCAUCAGGUGGGUGAUUAGGAGGUGCACAUCACUAGUGUUCAGCCCGGCUGAAGAUGAACUGCUGGUGGCUGACAAGUCUGGAGAUGUUUACUCCUUUUCUGUGGUUGAACCAGAGAAGGACGGUGAGCUGAAGAUGGGUCACCUUUCGAUGUUGCUUGCUGUGACCAUAUCUGCAGAUGACCAAUACAUCAUUACAGCUGACCGUGAUGAGAAGAUCAGAGUGAGCCAUCGCAGGUCCCCUUAUAAUAUCCAGUCUUACUGCUUAGGGCAUCACCAGUUUGUCAGCACGCUAGAGAUCCCAAAAGGACAUCCACACUGGCUGCUGUCCGGAUCAGGGGAUGGAACAGUGAAGCUGUGGGAGUUUGAGUCUGGUCGCAAACUGCAAAGCUGGGACCUUGGACAGCUUGAAGACAAGCUAUGCUCUGAUACUGCCAAAGGAAAUAACACAGCUGUGUUUCGUAUCUGCAGUUCCCCAGGUGGCCGUGAUGUAGCUGUGUUGUGCGACGGACUGAUGAACGUUUACAUUUUCACCUUGGAGCAAACCAAUGAUGAGAAGCUGAGGCUUCACAGUAAACUCCACCUUUUCCACCGUCCCAUGGACAUAGGCUUUGACAUGAAAGGACAGCUUUGGGUGCUAUUGGACUCCAGCGAUGUUCCACUCCAAAUCCACACAUACAGAAAAAACUCCUGGGAGGCUUCAAAGAUAAAGAUCUAAAAAAAAGGGACAGGGAAGACGUUAAAAUUGAUGGGAAGAUGGAUGGAGCCGAAUACAGAACCAUUCUGGAAAGAAAACCUGUUGGAGUCUGUGAAAGACCUGAGACUGGGAUGAAGAUUUAUCUUCCAACAAGACAAUGAUCCCAAACAUAAAGCAAAAUCUACAAUGAAAUGGUUUACAAAUAAAUGUAUCCAGGUGUUAGAAUUUCCAAGUCAACGUCCAGAUCUGAAUCCAAUGGAGAAUCUGUGGAAAGAGCCUAAAACUGCUGUUCACAAGCACUCUCCAACCAACCUCACUGGAUGUUCUGCAGAGAAGAAUCGGCAAAAAUGUUAGUCUCUCCAUGAGCAAAACUGAUAGAGACAAUCUUUCUGCAUGGAGUUUGCAUGUUCUCCCCGUGCAUCUCGGUACUCCCACAGUGAAAAACAUGACUGUCAGGUAAAUUGGUCUCUCUAAAUUCUCCCUAUGUGUGAGCCCUGCGACAGACUGGUGACCUGUCCUAGGGUGUACCCCGCCUCUCGCCCGAAACUUUCGCUAAGGAUGGGCUCCAGCAGCCUUCCCGACCCUACUAGGGACAAGGUUGUACAGAAAAUGGAUGGAGUAGUGUUUUGACCGCUGUAGCUCCCGUGCCGUACAGCUCAGCUCUGCCUCUCCUCAGCUCUCCUUUCCACAUGGAAAGAAUGAAUGAAUCAGCCCCACGAAAAAUCUUCAUGAAACAACGACGUCUUCCCAGAAGAUUAAUAAAUAACUCGAAGGUUCAGGGCCACCGAGAUAUAUGACACAGGAGAAAUAUUUCCUCACCAUUUUACCAGCAACCGGUUGUCUGGAGGUGCAAGGGUAUAAGGCUACUCAGAAACAUACUCAGAAAGCAGCUAGUGAUGUCUGCAAACUCACAAACAUGUUUUUGUAGUUCACCCAUUUUCCCCUCUGUGCACCACCCAGGUCCUUUUUACCAGUUUCAGGACUCGACCAAAACCCCUCGGGGGCCUUACCUUGAGAAAUAAUGAGAUUUGGUUAAAUAUAAAACAGGCUUGGGGCAUGCCAUGGUGGCGUAGGGGUUAGCGCGACCCGCUGUAGCGGAUUCAACUCCCGGACCCUGCGACGUUUACCGCAUGUCUUCCCCCCUCUCCUUCCCCCUUUCCUGUCAGCCUACUUCACAAAAAGGGACUCUAGAGCCCACAAAAAGACCCCUUGGAGGGGUUAUAAAAAAAAAAAAACAGGCUUUAAUGCUGAAAAGUGAUCAAAUGUUACAAGCCAUGCAAGUCAUACAAAUGGAACCAAGGGCGUAGAAAAGAGUUUAUCAUUGGGGGGGACACAUAUCGGAAACCUAACAGAUCCGUAAAUAGUUUGAGCAGAAAUGUCAUAAAUGAUGAUGUCAUCAAUACGUUACUGAGUGACACGUUACUCUAAUUUGACCCUUUGUUUCAUUAGUGAAACAAGGGGUACUAUUUACAAUCCUAUAAUCAAAUUAAAAAUACAUGUUCAAGUCACUGAUUACUAUAUUUUUCAUAUUUUAAAGUAUGAACAUAUAUUGUUGCUUUCCUCUUUUUUCUACGUCACAUGCCAGCAACACAAACAUAAACAACGGAGGGAAUAGAGAUGCACAUUUUCUAGCUGAUGGAUGGAUUUUUCAUUGAGUAAUCAACUUACUUUUUCAAAGUAACACUGCCAUCCCUGUUAAUAAAUUCACAUAUUGUGUGUAUAUGUUUUGUCAUCUCUAGGUGGCACACUGUAAAGUGAGACUUAGCAGUUUUAAGUUCAAUACAGCAGUUUGACAAAUAUAGUCUAAAAAACACAUUUUGUUCUUGAACAACUCUUAAUGCAACAGUUUGCCCUACAAAAAUAAAUAAAAUGAUACUUUUCACAUCUAACAGACACACUGAUAACUCAGUGUCGUAUCACUUUCCAGCCCUUCAUUCAAGAACUUUCCAAACCUGAACCAUGGCUCUUGAAAGGUUGAAAAACAGUCUGAGGCAAAAGAGCCAAAAUGUUUUUUUCUUAUGUCAUUUUCAGCCACAAAAAUUUAAUUAAAAUAUCUACUGUUAUGUGUUACCUGCUUGGCUGCUCCUGUCUCUUCUCAUUCUGACUGUCUGCAUCCUCAUGUCCCUGCAUGGCAUUCAUGCACUACAAUAACAAGCACUACAGUAAUGUACAAUAUCAGAACGUUAACUAAUUAAAUAUAAAAAAGUAUGUUUUAUCAUACAGGAUCAGAAUUUUGUAGUGGCCAUUGUUUGUCAAGCCAAACAUCCAAUAAAAGUUCAAUCAAUGAGCGACUACUGCUGCACUGGGAUGAAGUUUAUACCCAGGCAAAAGAAGUCCAAUGUCCAAGCUUGAAGAUUGCUCUGUAUGAUUUAUUUUCACCAGUUUGGCAAGCAAAUAACAAAAUUCAAACUUUUCAUUGUUUUCCUGCUGCCUCUCCUGCUCUGGUAACAAACCAUAGGCCCCAAACCCAAUGCAUGCUGGUCCUAUACCAAUCUCUAUACUGCUAGAAAAAAUGGACCCGCAGCUCUUCCUGUCUUACUUAGAAAAACAAAUAACAAAAAUAAUGAAACAAAAAAUAAAUAAAAUUGUGACGGGGUUCUAUUAUGAUUUAGUCAAACAUAAUGACUGGUCCAAGUCGGAGAUUGUUUUAGAGGAAUUUAUUUAGCUCGCACAAAGAUGGCAGGUGCAGACCACACACGAAGGAUAUCCAGAACAGGUUAGAAAUCAAAUAAUCAUCAGUACCUUCACUGCAACAGUCCAUCACCUCCAGCGUGACUUCUUCAGGAGUCUAACCACAGACUGCCCUCCUGUGGAGUAGAGCCCUGCUUUUAAAGCCACAGGCUCCGCCCACAGACAAUCCAAACAAGCAAAAAUACUAAGCAAUUACUUUUAACUCAAAUCAACUCUUAAAGUAUACAUAAUAAUAAUAAUAAUAAAAGAAAAAAAUAAAAUAAACUUGUAAACGAAAUACAAUACUCAAUUUAAUAAACAACACCCAGUGCGCUCUGAUGACAUCACCACCUCAUGUGACUCCCUCCCUGCACGCCACAAUCCGGAAGCACCCUACUUGAAAUCAGAACCGGGAAAAAGUUUAAUACUGAAAACAGGUUAGAAUGAAUGUUUAACUGAAGCAGGAACACCGCGUGUGCACCCACAACGAACCGCAUCAGGUUAAACUGCAACAAAAAGUAAGUUAGUGAUUGUGUACGUGAUUGUGUGCAUGUGUGUGCGGGUGUGCGCGCACUCUGACUCUAUAAUUAGGUCUUAGUUCAUGACGGCUCCUCCGUCACAAAAAUCAACAAUUAUUAACCUACAAAUAAACUCUGUAAAUAAUACAAAAUAUAUAAGGUAAACCAAGAUUCAAAUUGAUAAAGAAGUAACGGAUAAAUAGCUCCAACACUACGGCCCCUAAUUGUGAAUACUGUCACAAUUACUU